GGGGCGAAUCGCGCCUGGCAUCCCGGCUGUUUCGUCUGCUUCCGAUGCGGAGAACUUCUGGUGGACCUCAUCUACUUCUGGAAGGAUGGAGCCCUCCACUGCGGGAGGCACCACGCGGAGGCGUUGAAGCCUCGUUGCGCAGCCUGCGACGAGAUCAUCUUGGCCGAGGAAUGCACGGAAGCGGAGGGGAGGGCGUGGCACAUGCAGCACUUCGCCUGCUUCGAAUGCGAUACCCAGCUCGGGGGACAGAGGUAUAUCAUGAAGGAGGGGAGGCCGUAUUGCCUACAAUGUUUCGACGCUCUCUUUGCGGAGUUCUGUGACUCCUGCGGUGAGACCAUCGGAGUCGACCAAGGUCAAAUGAGUCACGGCGGACAACACUGGCAUGCAACGACGGGAUGUUUCUGCUGUCACUCCUGCAAAAAUUCCCUGCUGGGCCGGCCAUUCCUUCCACGCCGAGGUCUCAUCUAUUGCAGCAUCGCCUGUAGCAAGGGCGAAACGGAUGGGCCCCAGCUCCCAGGCCCCACCAGCCCCCUUCCAUCCCAUUCCCCCGUCUUACAGAGGAGCAAGGCGAUGACCUUCAUGCCGGAACUGUUGUCGCAUCCGGUGAACCGGUCCCUGCCCAGCGACAGCAUCUCGGAAGACCUGUCGGACACCCCGAGCCCCCCACCGGUGCCAGAUGGCCCUCGACAACCCCCGCCUUCCCCGAGACACCAGCGAAUCCAAGAGCUCCUGCAGGAAUUCGACGGUAUCGUGCCGAUGGAACGUUCC